AUGACACAUGAGCACUCUCCUCUGCUUACGUGUGGGUUAAGUGAGGGUCUCAGCACUCUCUCAGGUGAUGUGCUGGGAGACAAUGAGAGUAGUAGCACUGGAAACCCAACUGCAGCCAACCCACGCAGUCUUAACACCUUCUUUGGAGUAAUCGUGCCAACGGUGCUGUCAAUGUUCAGCAUUGUACUCUUCCUCAGGAUUGGGUUCGUCAUUGGUCAUGCUGGUCUCUUCCAUGCACUCAUCAUGCUAGGUGUGGCAUAUGUCAUUGUUUCCAUGACGAUUCUGUCAAUCUGUGCCAUCUCCACCAAUGGUGCAGUUCAAGGGGGUGGAGCUUACUUUAUGAUAAGUCGCUCUCUGGGUCCAGAGUUUGGUGGAAGUAUUGGACUGAUGUUUUACCUGGCCAAUGUGUGUGCAUGUGGUGUUUAUGUGCUUGGUCUAGUUGAAGCCAUAUUGGAAACAUUUGGUCAGGGCAUAGGUUCAUCACUGUCUGUCUUGCCAGAUGGUUAUUGGUUUGGUGUUCUCUACUCCUCAGUCAUUCUGCUACUCUGUUUAUUCAUCUGUUUAAUUGGCUCUCAUCUAUACUCCCGUGCCUCUUUUCUCAUCCUGCUGAUCGUCACGAUAACGCUACUGUCAAUCAUUGUUAGCCCUCUGUUCCUGGGGCCGCGUUUAUUCAGCAUCACACACCCGGGUGACACCCCUAAUUCCACACAUGUCUACAACACCAGCUACACUGGCUUCAACAUGACCACCCUCAAACACAAUCUUUCACCUGGGUACUCUCUGGACUACAGCACAAACUCGAUCAUGACCUUUGCUACUGUGUUCGCGGUCAUGUUCAAUGGCUGCACAGGGAUUAUGGCUGGAGCCAACAUGUCAGGAGAGCUGAAGAACCCAAGCGUGUCCAUCCCCAAAGGCACCAUCAUUGCCGUGGCCUAUACCUUUGUCAUCUACCUGCUCUUCUUCCUCAUUGUCAGUUCCACCUGUGACAGGGUUCUCUUGAUUCAGGAUUAUGGCUUUUUCCAUCGUAUUAAUAUCUGGCCACCCUUUGUCACCCUCGGUGUGUAUUGCUCCGCCCUUUCAGCAGCUAUGAGCUCCCUGAUUGGGGCAUCCCGCAUCCUCCAUGCACUAGCACUUGACCAGCUCUUUGGAUGGGUAUUGGCACCUGCCUCCAUCACCUCUCCAGCAGGGAAUCCCUGGGUGGCUGUGCUUUAUACCUGGGCUCUGGUGCAGUGUGUGGUGUUUGCAGGGCAGCUGAAUUCCAUCACUAGUUUAGUGACUGUAUUCUACUUGCUGGCCUAUGCUGCUGUAGAUCUUGCCUGCCUUGCACUAGAGUGGGCAUCUGCCCCAAACUUCAGGCCCACAUUCCAACUGUUUUCAUGGCACACCUGUUUUCUGGGGAUUGUUGGAAGUCUGGUGAUGAUGUUUGUCAUCAAUCCCCUCUUCUCCUCCGCCAGUAUAGCUCUACUCCUGCUGCUGCUGCUUUUCAUCCAUUAUAGAGCCCCUACGAGUAGUUGGGGUUACAUCAGCCAGGCUCUCAUAUUCCAUCAGGUUCGUAAGUACCUCUUGCUGCUGGACUCACGUAAAGAUCAUGUGAAGUUCUGGAGGCCACAGGUGCUGCUGAUGGUGUCUAAUCCUCGCUCCUGCUGUCAGCUCAUCUUAUUUGUCAAUCAGCUCAAGAAGGGCGGGCUCUUCGUGUUAGGCCAUGUGGAGCUGGGGGACCUAGACUCUCUGCCAUCAGAUCCGGUUCAGUCACAGUAUAAUUUUUGGUUGACUCUGGUGGAUAAGCUGGGGGUAAAGGCCUUUGUGGAUCUGACUCUCUCUUCCUCAGUCAGACAGGGCUCUCAACACCUUCUGCGCAUCACUGGUCUGGGAGGUAUGAAGCCAAACACACUCAUACUCGGUUUCUAUGACAACUGCGUCCCUGAUGACUUCUUCCUACAGAACCCCAUUUUCAGUGAAUGGGUGGGUGGGCCUGAGGGGGACCAUUAUGGUGUCGACUUGCCCUCAUUGCAGAGACAUUUUCCUCCUGUACGCAAUCAGGAAUCACUCCGGAGACUGUCACCAGAGGAGUAUGUGGGGAUAAUCUCAGAUGCCAUAAAGAUGGGAAAAAAUGUCUGUCUGGCACGUUACUUUCACCAGCUGGGCCAGGGAGGCAUGGCUGUAGGAGGGACCAUCGACGUGUGGCCGCUGAAUUUGCUCCGUCCUGAGAGUGGUGGCUUCCUGGAUGUUUGCAGCCUUUUCCUGCUGCAGCUGGCCUGUGUUCUCAACAUGGCCUCUGCCUGGAGACACGCCCACAUGCGCAUCUUCCUUUGUGUAGAGGCGGAGUCAGGGGCAGGCCCAGGGGCUGGUUGGCUUCUCAAAGAGGCAGGGCUCAGAGAGCUGCUUGGGAAGCUACGUAUCCGAGCUUCCAUACAAGUUGUGACUUGGGAUGCCAUGGUAACAGAGGGCGGUGCAGUAACGCCUGGUGGAGGGGACAUAGGGGAAGGCUGGGCAAGGUUGGCACCCUGUGUAUCCGAUAACUUCCUGUCUGUGGUUAAUAGCAUGUUGCUGGAACAUAGUGCACAGGCUGCUGUCCGUUUCCUAUAUUUGCCACGCCCACCAAGAGAAGCCAACCAAUCACAGAAGUAUCUUGCUCAGUUGGAGACUGUGACUCACAACUUAGGUCCCACUCUUCUGGUGCAUGGGCUCACACCUGUCACAUGCACUGACCUCUGA